AUGGGGCCGUCGGGGCCGUACUUAGCUCCGAUGGCUUUGGCCGAGGCCGAGUCCAUCACCAUCGUCCCGCUAUUCCGCCCCCAACGGAGACAACACGAUGGUCUCUGUGUGGAUGCUGUAUGGAUCCUCAGUGGAGUGGUUUUAGGGUGGGAUAUUAUAGAAAAUAUUUGCGCCGAAGCCCCUCCUGCUCCUGUUGGUUUCGCUCUCGUUCCCCUUACAAUUUUAAACAUGGAUAUCGAACAUCUUCAGGGUCUUUUGGCAGAAGCCAAGGCUUCACUCGAUCUGUAUGAAUCAACUCAAACCGACACCUUUCGAGUUGAAGCACAAGAAAAGGCUACCCAGCUAGCGCGUGCACUUGAACGACCGAAAGAUGCAAUCCUCAAGCUGUCAUUUUCUCCCAUCAUUCUCAUGGCCGUCAGGACGGCCCAUGAUAUGAAUGUAUUUCCCGUGCUAGCCCAGGCCACUGCCCCGGUCUCUCUGGCCGAAUUGGCUGCAGCAAAGCCGGCAGACCCCCUUCUAGUCGAGCGCAUUAUGCGAGUUUUGGUCGCCAAUGGCUUCGUGGAAGAGCCGGCUCCCAGCGAAUACCUUCCCACCGCGCUAUCCCGAGAAAUGACCCAGCGAACGUCAAUUGGAGUUGUGGGAUCACUCUUCCAUGAGUUUCUUCCUUCGGUUCAAAAAGUCCCCGAAUAUCUCCAAUCUACCAACUAUCGCAAUCCAGAUGAUCCCAUGUUCGCCCCUCUGCAAUACACGAACGAUAUGAAGAUAGAUGGAUUCACAUGGCUCUGCCAGAACCCAGAAGCUUUGACUCGAUUUAAUAGUUUCAUGGAAGGACAGCGUGCUGGCCGUCCACACUGGGGUGACUGGUUCCCUGUUCGCGAACAACUUCUCGACCACCCGGACAUGACUACCGAAACACCACUUUUGGUUGACAUUGGCGCUGGUCGUGGCCACGACUUGAUCGGGUUUAGGAAUAGGUUCCCGGAUGCCCCUGGUAAACUAGUACUGGAAGAUCUCCCGUCUGUGAUUGAGGAAGUACAAUGCGCACAGGAUCUAGAGGCAGCUUCUAUUGACACUGUUGCGCACGACUUCUUUGCUGAAGUUCAACCAGUUCAAGGGGCACGGGCGUACUAUUUCAAGAAUGUAUUGCAUGACUGGUCUGACGAGAAAGCGACCAUCAUCUUUAACAAUCUGAAGCCAGCUAUGAAGCGGGGUUUCUCCAAGGUUAUCAUGGAAGAGUAUAUUCUUCCUGAUCAGAACGCUCGUUCGCUUCCUUGUAUGACAGAUAUUGCUGUGAUGGUUUUCUGCUCAGGAUUGGAGAGAACUCGCCAGCGCUGGAGUAACCUACUCACAUCUGUUGGUUUGCGAGUCAUCAAGUUCUGGGUCCGUGAGGGCGACGGGUUGGGAAUUAUUGAAGCUGAAUUGGCGGAAAGCUCUUAA